UUGUUUUUCUUAGUCUUUUAUUACUAUACAUGUGAAAAAUGUCUUCUCUACAACGUGAAGUCUUAAAAAAGAUGCUUCCUCCUUUACCAAACCCAUUGUCUAUAGACAGAUCAAGGGCGCAGAAAUCUCGUUUUUCUGGCUUAGUCCCAAAGCGAAAAACUAAAGAGUACAGUGAGUUAUCUUGGAAAGAAUUCUUUGAUGAAAAUAGAAUUGUCAAUAUUGGUGAAAAUAAUUUUAGUGUGUAUUUGUGUGGGUAUACUGGUCCAUUACUGGUCCUCCUUCAUGGUGGUGGACAUUCUGCACUUUCAUGGGCUUUAUUUGCACGACAUGUAUGUUCCAUAUGUGAGUGUCGAAUCAUGGCUAUUGAUUUAAGAGGUCAUGGUUCUACAUUCACAACUGAUGAUUUAAAUUUGGCAGCUGAAGUACUUGCUCAAGAUGUUGCUAAUGUUGUUAUGGAGUUUUACAAAGAGUUACCUCCAAUCAUUCUCCUUGGUCAUAGCAUGGGAGGAGCAAUAGCUGUUCAUGUUGCAGUAAAAGAGCUUAUUCCAUUAGUUGGUUUAGCUGUAAUUGACGUUGUUGAAGGUACAGCACUUGAUGCACUUUCUUCCAUGCAGAGUUUUCUAAGAAGCCGUCCUCAAACGUUCAAAUCCACUGAUCAAGCUAUUGAAUGGAGUUUAAGAUCUGGAACUUUACGAAAUAUUGAAUCAGCAAGAGUUUCUGUUCCUGGGCAAAUUAGACGGAGAAAUGCCUUCAAAGUUAAAGCUAUAAAAGAUAAUUCUCUUUAUAAUCAAGCAAUAACUGAGUUAGAAGAAGAUGUACAAUGUGAUGAUCUUCAGGAGGAAGAAGAGGAGACUCAUGUUUAUGAGUGGAGAAUUGAUCUCAAAAAGACUGAGCAAUAUUGGAAAGGUUGGUUUGAGAAUAUGUCCUCAUUGUUUUUGUCUUGUUCUGCACCGAAAAUGCUAAUUUUAGCAGGUAUUGAUCGUCUUGAUACCGCUCUCACUAUUGGACAGAUGCAAGGAAAAUUCCAAAUGCAGGUGUUAGCAAAAUGUGGUCACAUGGUUCACGAAGAUGUUCCCGAUAAGGUUGCUGAAAUUAUUGCUGGUUUUUUAAUUCGCCAAAAUCUUACUACAAUGAAAGAAUUUUUUCCUAGACAUAUGCCUGAAUGCUAAAUGAUGAAGGUUUAAAUCAAGUGAGUUCAAAUCAUAGUAAUCGCAGUAAUCAUAGACUGGUAACAGCAUCUUAACAGCGUGGGAUCACGAUAAAAUAGAUGUUGGGUUGUCUUUAAGGAAAGAUGUAUUUGCACCAAAACAAUGUUUAACGUUUAAUACAAUGUUCAAAGAAGUAAAAUGGUCUUAAGUAAUUAAAACACUUAUUUUUUUAUGUGUUUAAAAAUCUCUUUAAAUUUAAAGUAAAAGAAACAUUUUGUCAAUCUUUAGCUCACAAUUUUGUAAGCCUUUUGUAUAACCUUUUAAAUUUAAAUGAACAUUAUCUUCUAUUAAA